GCUAACGUAGCUAGCUAAUUUUAGCCAAUAAAUAUUGGCUAUGGUGGGUUCAUUUGACGAAAUAUAUGUUUGUAGACAUUAUGUACGACUAGCUAGUUAUUUCAUGACAACUAUGGACCUGAGGCACAGGAAACACCGGCUGGACCUGUCCAACCAAAUUUUAAUUGAUGACACCAUAGUUCAAUUCCUGUACCAGGAGAACAUUUUAAAGAGCCAGGUGGAUGAGAAUUCAGUCCCAAAAAAGCAACAAAAAGAAGACGUUGAGACUGCUGGAUAUCCUUCCCACCCGAGGUCCGCGGGCGUUGGGUACAUUUCUGAAUUCCCUGGAGGAAGAGUUUACUUGGGUGAGAGACAAGUUACUCCAGGAUUUGGAGCAACCCAAUGCACCUGGGCAAAAGUCCAACAGAUGAGUGGAACAUUCCAGAGGUGACGCUCCAAGCAGUCCCGUCCGACAGACGGUUGUCCUGGCUGGCACCCCGUAUCGGUUCGGAGUGGGAGUCGAUUCUCCUCGACUUGGAGGGGGCGCUGUACCGUUGCCGUGCCGACCACCCUCUGAGCUUGUAUGGGAAGGUGCUAGUAGGGCUGAUCCAGUGGAGGCAGAGCAAGGGGAGGAGCGCUACAGUCCACAGGCUUCUCCAGAGCCUGCAGUCCACUGACAUCCACCCCUCUACCCUGGACGAGGUGUUCCAGUGAGGGGAGAGGACACACUGGAUCAUGGAUGAAAUCCUAAUUGGAUGACAGCCAUUAGCUCAGCCAGACCAAGGUUUCUGAUAGGAAAAUGUGGUGCUGGACAUGUGACCGGAAACUUUUCUUUUACCAGACAUUUGAGAUCUGCCAGACCCAUAUGCAUUGGAUGCAUAACCUGAUUAGGGUGUCCACCCACAGUGCUCAGAAUGACACAAAUCACAUUUACAUUUUGGUAAUUGAUAUUAACAGAACAUGCAAGUCGAGGAUACAACAAUGAAGAUAUAAUAAGUGUCCACAUUUGCUUUUCCUCAGCCAACAAGACGACUAACAGCAACAUCACUAGCCUGUCAAUCUACUAUCCCCCAUACUAGAAUAGUUAACCUAUUCUAUUGGUCAACUUGUUGAGAAAUAGUCUAUACCAAUCCGAAUCUGGGACAGUUGUGAGAUGGAGCCCAAAAUCGUACAACCAGUAGGCUUAGGCUACAUAAAAAAACAACGUUAAAAGCAGUGAGAGUGACGCAACAGAACAGAACGUUUAGCUUAUAAUGCUGGGGAACUAUUAUUUCUUCACAUUAUAAUCUCAGCAAUGCGCACAAGGCAGUAAGUAGGCUACUCAUGAACGUUUAUUCCAUAAUGCAAUUAGCGGGAAAACGCCUUUGUCAAAAGGGCACCACACACUUGAGAGGUUUCAUACGACCGAGAUGAAAAUGUCCAUUAGAAAUGUAGAAAGAGAUCUCUUUAGGCUACUUUUAAGAAAGGUAAGACAUGCCUCAUAUGUAUUAAAAGGAAAUGCAUAGCGCACCAGCUCAUUGCCAAGUGGUGUGUGUGGUGUGUGUGUGUGUGACACGGCAGCAGCUCAAAGGCCCUAUCUAUAUGGUCCUUCUGUAGCUCAGUUGGUAGAGCAUGGCGCUUGUAACGCCAGGGUAGUGGGUUCGAUUCCCAGGACCACCCAUACGUAGAAUGUAUGCACACAUGACUGUAAGUCGCUUUGGAUAAAAGCGUCUGCUAAAUGGCAUAUAUUAUAUGCUGUACGGGUGUGAUAAAUAAGAUGCAUAACAAAUGUACUGUAGUCUACACAGUUUGCCAACUUAAUUCCACUAAAUUAUGCAAAAUAACCUAGAGAACGAUAAAUAUGACCAGUCAACUGGUAUUUCCAUCAAUGAAGAGGCUAAAAAGGAUUAUAUGAAAUAUUCUUAUUUUCCAGGAUAUUUUAUUUCAGCUUUUCAACAACAACAAAAAUGUAUAGGCCAAAAGACAGCUAUUACCGGCUAACAGAAACCCUGAGCGAGAUGUGUCAUUGGCCUGGCCCUGCAUGUUGUAAUAGGGACAGUUUCAGUUUAGAAUAAUUAACACAAUGCUUAGCGUAAUUAUGUUUCCCCUUUUUCUGUAAUACACAUGAUUUCCAGUGUUUUUAUUUUGGGGAAACUCUUUUGUGUACCGUUUGAUUCGUCACUAGACUUGAUACGAGAAUAAUCCGUAACGUUCAGUAUCUCCUGAUCGUGAUUGACGCCAGACUGGAGGUACAAGGACAGAGGACACUGAUUUGUUACUGUAAGAUUAGAAUAAGCCGAUUUUGAAACCAUGCAGGCCUACACACAAACACACAAACACACACUCCUACGGACACGCCUUUUCUCAGUCACUCAGACCCUGGAAAGUAAACAAACACGAUGGCGUUGUGACAUCCACUCUGGAAAACAAAUCCACUGAUAGUAUUUUUCUUCCUUCACGUACAUUUGAAAUGGCCAUGGAAUUGCAUAACGUCUAGUCUUAUUUUCACAACAUAUUGUUGUGACAUUACGUCACAAUGACUCAGGGACAUUUUUGGACCGCAACAACAGCUACCGCUGCAGUCAGUGUUUAUAGAACUGGAAAUGCCUCAACAAGGUCAAGGCUACAUGCCCAACAAGCACUCUCCAGGAUUUUUCCACCUGUUUUUUUUAAAAAGUGGAGCUGGAAUUAGAGGAGUUUGUACAUGAACUAUAUCCUUGUACUUUUUGCGUAUGAUUUGCCUUGAAAAAGGAUUCCUAUAUUUGUCCAACUUUCUUUUAAGGAUGGAACUGGAAUGGGAUUUGUUUUCCUCUUCAAAUGGCAUAGCAUGAUGGUGAAUGCCUCCUUUUUUUUGUAGUGCUUUAUUGGUCUUGAUGUCAUGUUGACAUUUCUUAAUGUAGGGCCAUUUCACAAGAUGUUUCAUUUGCAAAUGUUUAGUUGUAAAAACAAAGACCAUACUCUGCUUCAUCUGCAUGUGCCUUGCUGUUCAUGACCGCAAGGCUAAGGCCAAACAAAUUCUCUUAACUACUCAUAAGUAAAUGUGAGGACAUUUUAAAGCACUCGCUCUUCUCUGACUUACACGACGUGUGAGUUCUGUCUGCGCCUCGGCCAAUGCUAGUAUAAUUCUUAAUAGGGUCAUUUGUGAUGGGCUUAAGGUAUUUCAUAGCACAGUCAGAUACACACAUGAAUGUCGGUUACAUUUUACGAUUUUUGUGAAUGAAAAGCCACAGUGUUCCUGGGACAGCUUUGAAGUACAACUCAAGUGCCGUCUUGGACUAGGGGACUCGCAUACGUACACUUACACACCUUGCUGCAUGGAGUUUUCACAUUUGUUUUUGUGCUAGCCUAGUUUCCCUGGCUCUAACACACAGCCAGGGAAACUAGGCUAGCACAGGUAGGCAGCAGUCAAAUCAAUCAAACUUGAUUAACUCUUUUUUUUUUUAACAAAACACUAGUCACUGAGCAAGGCUAGAGGGGGAGAGGAAAGACUACCUACCUCUGCAUUUGUAUUUAUUAGGCACCAGACGGAAGACAAGACUGAAAGUGGGAGGGACUACCUCCCUGAAAUUGUCCAAUAAUAAACACUUGUUUUUGGCUGUGGCCUAAUGACUACGACCCAGUUGUGUGGCAGUCUUCUUGAGAUAUCUAUAUCCAACCCCCAUCUUUUUCACAGUCUCCGCUA